AUGAUAUGGGCCGCGGGGUGUAAGUAUAUCUAUACCAAGUGCACACAAAAUUAUACGCUAUACAAGACCACCUACAAUGCCAGUGGACGACCCAGUCUUGACCCUAACGCUCAACCCCGACAACCCAUCCGAUACAACAUUCCUAUCCCCCCCGUGGGACAGCGCUCUAUGAAGUGAGCACGACGCGCGGAUUAUGGAGCGCCUCCCUGCGCGUGAGCGACGCAGCUGGCGACAACGUAGCCACGCUCGAGACGUCGAUAGCGUCGUCCAAGGUGCGGCUCGCGAGGGCGAACCAGUGCCGUACAGCCAGUGGUUACGUGUGAGUAUGAUGUCGUUCGACCGGGAUGUGACGAUGCAGGACGCGAAGGGUCAGAAAUACAAGUGGCGGGCGAAUGGUCCUCGGGGAAAGCUACAACUCUUUACUGCCGAGGAUAGCACGGACCCCAUCGCAAGUUAUAGUCAGACGCGCAGCGACGAUGGCAAGAAGAUCGGAACCCUCGCUCUGGACGAACGAGCAGAGGAUAUCCGCGACGAAGUUGUCGCGUCAUUCGUGUUCUUGGAGCCAGGGCGCAGGGCGCAGAAACGCAGGGCGAGGGAACACACGGCGAGUAACUUGAUGUUCUAGCGAACCAGAUGAUGGCGCCGCCGUUCGGGCCUUAUUGAGGACGAGGAUCAUCCGGGGUAGAAUCGACACUCAGCAGCUGAGCAGUCUUCGGAGGAGCUUGGAGGUAAAGAUAUCUGAAGGCGUGAUUGAUAUCAUUUGGUUUGCUCAUAGCCAGCUAGGAUUUCAGAAUACAGUUCAUAUGCAACCGUCACUGUAUACCGACGUACUCUCUUCGUUUGUUGAGCGGCGCCGCAUGUUUUCUCAUUAGCAAAUUAUGACAACUGGCAGACUUUUGGCAGGUUUA